AUGCCACUGAGCAAAGAGUUUUAUCUGAACAGUUUCCAGGUAUUCCUCAGCAUAUUUGCAGGUUUCAUGGGCUACAAAUUUUCAAGAGAACAAUUGGCCACUAAGCGCCAUGGACCUAAAGGUUCUCUGAGAAGACUACGCUCUCAACUAGCUGAAGAUGGUUGCCCUGAGUCUCAAGUUGUAUUAGCUAAACAAUUGUUGGAUGAAUGUUGUGAACUAGAUGUUGACAAAGAGGAAAAUGCCAAAUUGGGUGUUUACUGGUUGACCAAAGCCUCAGAGCAAGGAAACUUGGAAGCCACAGAUAUGCUAUGCAAAUGCUUGGCCUCUGGAAGAGGAAUCACUGAGCAGAAUUACUAUGAUGUAAAAAGCUGCCUAGACAUGUCUCAGGAUGAAAAGCUAGCCAGAAGGGCUGCCAGAGAAAUGUUCACAAAUUUAUCAAAUGGCGAAGAAUUCAUCACAACCGAACAAUUGCAAAGAUGCAUGAGGAACUUGGUGUUUCCUUCCACUAGUAAUGAUAAUAAAUUCAGAUACGUAAAUGGCAAAAGUCAUCUUCAAAGGUCCUUGACUGGAGACAGUUGCGAUCAAGAUUCACAAUCGGAGGAUGAUUCGACUCAGGACGAAUCUUACAAAGAGAAAGAAAAAAUCGAAGAAAUACCCCCAGACUGGUCGGAACAUCAAGGCGAAAAAAUAAGCGAGGCGGCCCUCGUAUCUGCCGCUGCAUCGUACGCGCGAGGCGCGCUACCAGUGGUCUCUCGAGUGAUCUGUUUGGUGGAACCAGCUCAGAUGGACCUCGAUGCCGUGCCACUGUUGCAACGUCCCUUCGUCCACCCUUUAGCCUCUCUAAAGCGCUUUUACAUCUGGCUAGUGGAAACUCUCGGUCACCGAAAUUUACCUCUGCGCAAAAUCUUCUUCACGAGUCAUUUGCACACCUUACUCUUGAUCCUCUUGCACGCGCUUCUCGGCGCCGAGAGCGUCGUGCUGUUCGUACCCCUGGCAUUCUACUAUCUGUCAUUCGUCGUAAUGAUUCUCGCAACGUUCCAGAUACUUCAACGAAAGCGCGAACUUUCUGAUCUGAGGGUAUGGUCGAGGCUAUUCUUAAGCUACUCGGGCGGUAGUUUAAAUCCCGAAGAAGCCGAGUACCAGUACUGUCGUAACNUGAUAGGUGCUUGUGUGGGACGGCUCAAACUCUGUAGGCACGUGUCGCAGCUUAACCCUAUCCCAAGUUAUGACGUCAAACAUGACGUCAUUUGUGAUAUCGCCAAAUACGCCAUUCAUGAUGACGUGAAUGACAUAACACUGACGUCAAUGUGGGUAUAUAUACUGAGAGGAGGAGAAGAGGACGCCAACGGACAACCAGCUGAGCUGCAGAUACGCAGCAGCGCCAACGAGAAAGGACAGGAAGAAUGCAAAGGCAACUACCGGGACACACAGUGGCUGCUAUGUCGAGAGUAA